AUGGCGCACUCGAAUUCAGACACCAUCGAUAUAUCCGAACUCGAGCAAGCAAAGGAGUCACAUCCGGUCCUGGCAAAGGUCGAUCAUCUGCAGGACGGCAUGACUCUGCCGAGACUCCCAACUGCAAAACGAGGGGCGCAUGGUCCGCAGCACUUUGCCAACUAUGAGAGCAUCGACUUUGAGGAACCGGAUGGACAUCUCCUGAGACAACACUAUCAGGAUCAGGCCGGAAAGCGAUGGACCAUACUGGCUCAAAACAUCUUCUCGUACUUUUUGGCACUGUUCAUCUCUAUUGUGGUAUCCUUGACAUUUGUCCUGCUUGUCUUCUCGACAGACAAGAUAGGCGAGUGGAGGAUCGAGCUCUUCGAGCAUCUGUUUGAACACAACAAUCAGUUGCUGGCCGUCCUCGUUGCCCUGGGAACCUGUGUUGGAUUUGCAGUGUUUCCCUCUCUCUUCGUUCUGAUGAUAACGCCCGAUGCCAUAGGCUCGGGCAUGACCCAGGUCAUUGCCUUUCUGAACGGGGCUGCAGUUCUUUCGGGAGUCACUUGGCAAACGAUCGUUGGCAAAUGCGUGGGCGUCAUAGGUCUUGUGGCAUCCGGGCUCUAUUCAGGUAUCGACGGUCCCAUGGCCAAGAUCGGCUCUUCAAUCGCCAUUGUCGUAACAAGGGGAGUCCACAAGUUUCCUGUGCUGCGGAAGAUUUUCUAUGCCGAGGGAGGCACUUUGGCAAAAAUGGAUACAGACGACAGCGCCGAGGCCGUUGGGGCAAUGAGCCUCUUCAACGUUUUGGAGCAGAAGAACCUUCGGCUUUUCGCCACUUUGGGAGCGGCCGCCUCCAUUGCCGCAAUCUUCCGAGCACCGGUCGGGGCAGCUGUCUUUGCUCUCGAAGAGACAACCAGCUUCUGGGAGCCGAGUCUCAUGACCCGCACGAUCUUUAGCACCACCACAGCGUACAUCGUCGUUUGCGUCACCAAUAAGCUAACUGGCGUCAGCGGCACGCUCCUUGACCGAAUCUUCACCGGAGCCGCCACCCUGUUUCCGACGAACAUAUCAUGCUUUGAUCACUAUAGCGGGUUCCAUAUUCUGUUUUUUAUUUUCAUUGCCGUGUGCUCAGCUCUAAUUGGCCAGCUUCAUAAUUUGUUUCUGUCGUUUGUUCAUCGCACUCGCAAGCGAUAUUUGAUCGACAAAGACAAGAAGGGCUCGAUGCGAACAAAACUGUGGCGUCUUCUUGAAGUUGUCGUCGUCUGCUUGAUCACCGCGGGAGUCACAGCCAUCCCCAUGGCUGAGGAUAGCGUCGAUACAUGCUCGCCGCUCUUCAAUAGUGUACAGCAUGCACUGGAAGCGGCUCCGUUGUGUGCCCAACUCAACUCCAGUAACAUAUGUCAAGGGAGUUCAAUCAGCGAUUGCUACCAAGAGCUCAACUACGUGUGCCUUCCACUGGAACUUGACGCGGCAUUUGCCGAGAACCUACUGCUGACCUAUCAAAAGUUCCGAGACGCAUACUGCCCAGAUUCAGCCGGAGAUGUUCUGUUUCCAGACUCUACCAAUAACGCGACAACACCCCAGGACGACAAAAGAUAUAACUUUACAUAUGUGAGCGGCGAGGAAUUCAUCAAAGAGGCAAUAUCCGGGCCUUAUAUUGGAGUUUUCGAAAGGCUCCACCUCAAGUUCAAUACUAAAUUGACCGAAUAUGGAGGGAGUCUACACUCUCGAUCCACAGAGCCCCCGGCAUCGAGCAACACGACACCCACUUCAUCCAUGAUCACCGAAGCUGCAACAACGAAUUCGACGCCUUCGUCGGAUUUGUGUUACUGGGAGCUUCGAUCGCUAUUAUGGACGACUCCAGAAAAACAGCUCAAGUUGCUGCUGAUUCGCGGUCUGAACGGGAUAUGGAAGAUCAAGACUCUAUUGAUCUUUGCUGGAAUAUACUGGUCCCUCAGCACGCUCACCUAUUACAUUGCCCUUCCAACAGAUGUCGUCGUGCCUAACCUUAUCAUAGGCGCAGCUUUUGGACGAAUGGCCGGGGUCGUUAUCAAUUAUAUUGGGGAGUCAUUUGGAGUAUAUGUCCAGGAUCCUGGAUACUACGCGCUCAUCACGAUGGCUUCAUUUUGGGCGUCGACUUCCCGUUUGGUUUUGACCGUAACGGUGAUAUCAUUUGAGCUGACAGGCGAUUAUACGACCCUGCCUGUUUUGAUCAUCGUGACGUUCAUUGGCGCAUGGGUAUCAUCAAGUAUUUCUCCCGAAUCCAUCUACCAUACAGAGAUGGAAAACAACAAGGUUCCAUAUUUGAGUCACGAACCCUAUGCCGAGCUCAAGUUCAUGUCGGUAUCCCAAAUCAUGAAUCAGCAUGUGGUUUGCAUCGAGGAGAAUAUGAAGCUCUCGAAAUUGAUCAAAUACGCAAAGGAGGAAACCCACAGUGGCUUUCCUGUCGUUGAAUAUUACAACUUGGAUAACGACGGGGAUGGUCGAAUCGAUCACCACCACAAACCAAAGCCGAUCGGAUACGUCCGGCGAGAUAGAAUACAAUCCGCCAUCGACAUAUACAUGAACGAAGAUCCAGACACAAAUCGAAUCAUAUCGCUGAGGAACAUCAUGAAUGUGUCGCCAUUCAUUGUUCGGGAAAACACGACGGCAGCAAAGGCGUUCAAGAAAACUCUCAUGAAGAUAUAG